AUGGCCGGUCUCGACGCCCUCUUUCGGCCCGUGCCGCUCUUCGCGACCGCCGCGGUUCUCCGCGUGGUGAUGCUCUACUACGGCCUUUGGCAAGAUGCCUACUCAGCCGUUAAGUACACGGACAUCGACUACCUGGUGUUCACCGACGCGGCUCGCUUCACCGCUCAAGGGCGCUCGCCGUAUGACCGCGAGACCUACCGAUAUACGCCUCUUCUGGCGUGGAUGCUCGUCCCCACGGCCUCGCAGGCUUGCUUCGCUUUUGGAAAGUUUGUCUUUGCUGCCGCCGACCUGAUUGCAGGGUACUACAUCGUGCGCAUCUUGGAUAGACGAGGCGUGGAGCAGGCAAAGGCUCUCAAGUUCGCCAGCAUCUGGCUCUUGAACCCCAUGGUCGCAACCAUCAGCACGCGUGGAAGCUCGGAAGGUCUACUUGGCGUGACGGUCAUGGCCCUUCUGUGGGCUGUCCUUGAGGGGAGAACAACUUUGGCGGGUCUUCUUCUUGGGUUCGGAGUUCACUUCAAGAUCUACCCAUUCAUCUACGCGCCGGCUAUCGUAUGGUGGAUGGACGAGGAUGCGCUUGGGCGAAAGGGAACCAAUGCCCAUGGCAAGACCCUGGGAGAAACAAUCGCCAACUUCCUGAACACUGAAAGGAUCAAGCUGGCCGUAGUCAGUCUUGCAACCUUCAUGGGCCUCAAUGUCGCCAUGUACUCAAUCUAUGGGGCACCGUUUCUGGUACACACGUAUUUCCAUCACGUCACAAGGAUCGAUCACAGGCACAACUUCAGUCCGUACAACAUCCUCUUGUAUCUGACCUCUGCAUUUCCGUCGACGUCAGCCAUCCGCAUAGAAUCAGUCGCAUUUCUGCCCCAGAUCCUUCUGUCGACGAUCCUGAUCCCGUUUAUUCUGGCCAAAAAGGACCUCGCGACCUCCAUGAUGGCCCAAACCUUCGCCUUUGUAACCUUUAACAAGGUCUGCACCAGCCAGUACUUCCUCUGGUACAUGGUCUUCUUGCCCAUCUAUCUUCCUAACUCGUCGUUCCUGAAGAACCCGAAGCUGGGAGUUACGGCACUGGCUCUGUGGAUUGUGUCACAGGCGGCUUGGCUGCAUCAGGGGUUCCAACUCGAGUUCCUGGGCGUCAGUACUUUCUUCCCAGGCCUAUUCGCGGCAUCGGUGGGGUUCUUCCUCGUCAACUGCUGGAUUCUGGGCGUCAUAGUAAACGACGGCGGCAAGGAAACAGCUACACAUACGAAGAGAAAGAUAAAGCAGUAG